AUGUCCUCUCUACCGGUAUUCUCUCUGGAGAUCCACCACGUCUUCUUCAACUGGCUGCUCCAACCUUCACCCCGCACCUCGACCGAGCAUGGAUGGGGCCAUCUUUGCUUCCCCGGCGACCUAGAGCAUGCGGUGACCAUCCCCGCAAUCCUCUCCAAACGCUCGUUACCCCAGAUCAGUCCAGAAGACCGUUGCUCCACCCGAGCCUUUUGUUCACAGCAAAGAAUUGAGUACCCCCAAGAAGCAGCCAAGGAUGGUCAUGUCCAUCUCGCUUUCGUGCAGGGGAAGAUCAGGCUCGAAACGACCGAAAAUGCGGCCGGCUUGAGCUCUUAUAAGCUUUCGUCUGACCCGGGUCUCCUCUCCAUCGGUCCAAAGGCUACUGCCACGUCCGCCUCGACCCAGCGCAACACGGCGCUCGAUCAUCCUCGUCAAACUUGCAAGAUGGGUAUCAAGGAGUUCUUCCGCAAACGGUCUUUGCGCCAGAAGGAUAAUGUCCGCACGAACGCUGCCGAAUUGACGCUAAAGGAAUCUUUGUUUCCCAUCGUUCUUGUCACUAUCCUAUUUUUCCUCUGGGGGUUUUCCUACGGCCUUCUCGACACUCUGAACAAACACUUUCAAGAUACACUUCACAUCACCCGGGCUAGGUCCUCUGGCUUGCAGGCUGCUUACUUUGGGCGGCGAUUCGCCGACUUGCUUCUUGCCGGUGUCUACAUCGGCGUCUACUGCCAUGCGUUUACACAGCAUUCAGCUAAGCGACGCACAAUCGCGCACUGCCAUUACCACUAUCUCGGGCACGCGGCGUGGAUCUUAAGGCACUGGGGCUAUAAAGCUACCUUUGUUUUUGGACUCUUCCUAUACGGCCUGGGGGCCCUCAUUGCGAUCCCAUGCAUUAUCGCCAAGAGCUUCGGUGGCUUCUGUGCCGCCAUCUUCAUCAUCGGUAAUGGUCUUGGCUCCCUCGAAACAGCCGCAAAUCCGUACAUCACCGUCUGCGGUCCUCCUAAGUACAGCGAGAUUCGAAUCAACAUUUCUCAAGCCUUCAAUGGUAUCGGCACUGUCGUGGCUCCCGUCAUGGGAUCGUACGUCUUCUUCGCUUUUGACGACAAACGUGCUCUAGAGAAUGUUCAAUGGGUCUAUCUCUCCAUCGCCGUCUUCGUCUGGGGGCUGGCGAUCGUCUUCUGGCUGGCUCGAAUUCCCGAAAUCACCGAUGCUGAUAUGGCUUUCCAAGCUUCUGAGACGCACGCCAACGUCGAUGAUAAGCCUUUCAGGAAGCAAUACCGUCUCUUCCACGCUUCUUUCGCCCAGUUCUGCUACACUGGUGCUCAGGUAGCCAUCGCGGGAUUCUUUAUCAACUAUGUGACAGAACGUCGCGAAAACACCGACAACGCGCUUGGCUCCAAACUUCUUGCUGGCGCCCAAGCCGCCUUCGCGAUAGGCCGUUUCGCUGGAGUUGGUCUUAUGCAUUAUAUCAAGCCCCGUUGGGUAUUUUUGGCGUUCCUGUCAUCCUGUAUUAUCUUCAUUGCCCCUUCCAUCACACAGAAGGAUGAUACCGGCAUGGCCAUGCUCUAUAUUGUCCUUUUCUUCGAGUCUAUUUGCUUUCCGACAAUUGUGGCUCUCGGCAUGAGAGGCCUAGGCAGGCAUUCUAAGCGCGGCAGUGGCUUCAUUAUUGCAGGUGUAUCUGGUGGUGCAGUUGUACCUCCGUUGCUUGGCGUCGUUGCCGAUCACAAGGGCAUGGGCAUCGCUAUGGUCAUCCCCCUUAUCUUCUUUGUCUUGGCAUGGUCAUAUGCGUUGGCCGUUAAUUUUGUCCCGAGGUACCGGAAUAUCGCCGAUGCUUUCACUGAAACUGAGGUUGGCAUUAGGCCCGUGGACGUGGAAGAGGAAAAGGGAGGCAUCGAGUCGGUCGAAGACAAGCAUGGCAAGAACGCCAUCCCCACUGUGGCGUGA